GGGGCAGGCACCACCAGAGAAUGAACGAACUCUAUAGAUGUGUAUUGAUGAAAGUCACACUUGUAAACGCGAGCGUUGUCCGAUACUUCGCAGUACAAAGUAGCAGAUGUAGCAAAUAGCCUUCAAGCUAAUGCCACUCUUUAUGGGCUGAAUUAUUAGACGACGAGACUAAAACCCAAGGACAUUUCAAUUGGUUGAAUUUCAUAAUUCGCUAGUUCAAAGAGGUAUAGGCUACACAUGCUUUAUACACGAAUUUGAAAUUGUCGCCACAAGGACGCCGCUGUGCGCAAGACACACGGCAAUUGAAGAGUAGUUGAAGUGAGCUUGUAAAAGGCCUGGUGCAUGAUGGGAUCUUUUCGGCGGCCCCGCCCUCGCUUCAUGAGCUCGCCCGUGCUGACGGACCUCGCCUGCUUCCACGCCAGCUCGGUCGGCCAGCAGCUGUCCAACACCAGCGUCUGGAAUAGCGUCCAAACAGCCGUGAUCAAAGUGUUCCAGGGUGGAGGGUUGCAAGCGAAUGAGCUUUACACCCUCAAUGAGAGCAUCAGAUGGCUCCUCAAGACCGAGUUGGGCUCGUUCAUCACAGAGUACUUCCAGAAUCAACUCUUGACCAAAGGCCUGUCACAUAUUCUGGAGAAGAUUAGACUUUAUGAGGGUGACAGUCAACUCCUUAUCCUGUCUGAGAUGUGGGUCAGGUUCUUCACUGGGAUCUUGCCCACGCUCCAGGCUAUAUUCUAUCCUGUUCAGGGUCAGGAGCUUACCGUCAGACAGAUGGCUCUACUGGGCUUCAGAGACCUGGUCCUGUUGAAGCUCUCCCUAGAAGACCUACUGCCCAUUGCCACAGUCCCCCCAGCCAUCACACAAAUGCUGCUGAUUCUGCAGGGCAUCCAUGAGUCUAACGGGCCCAGUCAAGAGUACUAUCAGCUAGAGGGAUUGGUCGAGACAGUCAUCUCGCCUUACCUGGGGAACGUCCUCCACGUUAGCAACACCAACUGCUUCGUAGAAUGCCGUGCACCACUUUCCAGGUUAAGAGGAGUGGCACAACCAGAGAUCACUGUUACUCAUCAUCAUGCCUCAGACUCCUCCUCUCUGGCUCCCCUAGUGGAGCAGGAGGGGGAAUCCUACCUGGAGAAGGUGGGAGGAGUCCGACGCCACACAGUGGCCAAUGCACACUCUGACAUACGGCUGCUCUCAGCUUCUGGCAGGAUGCAGCCUGGGAUGGAGGAGGACAGUGGUGGCGGUGGUGGGAACGGGAUGGCAGGCAACGGCAUGCUGCCCAGGCCUUUCUCCAGCCAUCCAGACAUCCUGGAAUCCCCACUGGGAGUGGUGGGGCCCUUUAGAAAGCAAAGAUCGACUGAAAUCAGCUGCCAUCCUCCCAGCUAACCAGUGAUAGCUGGAGACCAUUGUUGUUAUUGAUUCCUGGAAACUGAGGGGAUAAAAAACAUCUCUGAGUGCGGGCAGGGUGGUUGGGUGGAGUCCCUGUCACCCAAGGGCUUUCCCUCCUCUGUGCUCAGAGGCCAAAAUGUGGAAACAGUUGAUUGUUUCCGUACAGCUCUGUUACCCGAAUUGCCAACAUGUCAGAUCUAUUCACAUGAUUUUAUUCCUGGGACGCAUUCCUCGGUUGGAACUGAUUGAUGACAGGCAUCUACCGUAACAGCUCAUGUUUUUACCCUAUUUAACCUCUCAUAAGGACUCAGGGGACAGUGAGAUCUGAGCCUCAUGUAAAGAAAGUUUGUGACUGACCGCCUCGAUUUGGUGUUUUGUAACAUUGUUUUAGUAUUUAGUUUUUACAUUAGAUAAAAGUUGACUCCCUAGGCUCACAGCUAGAAAAACUGUAUAUCAUACACUGCAGUUGAGGAACAAAUGGGAAAGUAAUUCUGCUUUGAACGUUGAAAAACUUGUAACCCCACUUUUGAGAAAAUGGUCCUUGAAUGUUUGGUACACGAGCUCUUCUUAUUCUACACCCAUUCAGCAUCGUUUACACCCUCUUAAGACUUAGCCCCACCCAUCUCUUUCACGUGUGAGGCAAUGUGCUAAACAUUGAGUAUGGUAGUGAACAACCAAAGAUUUCAAGACUAAAGGCUGGUUUAUACUACAUCUAUCAACAGUUGUCACAGUGACAUCAUGAACAUUCUAUUGUCGUCCGACAUCAAACUUGUCGUUGUUGUUCUGAAAAAUUAUUAACAAUAAAAUGACAUCAUGCAUGACA